AUGUUUCAGCGUAUCUACUACCUUCUAUUGUUCUUCUUAUGUACGUUGUAUUUUUGUCAAGCUGUCCCAGCCAGUUCAGCAGGUUCUGUUCCGGAUGAUACAUUCAGGAGAGACGGUGGCCGCUCUCAGGCACGUCAUGAGGUAGCAAAAGCAGUUCUCGGUGAAAGUUCUGCAAAUUCUUUAUCACCUCCAAACAGAAGAGCAAGAAGAUCUCGUGCUUUGGCAAGUUCAGCAAGCUCAAAGAAGCAACCUGUACAUAUCAAAGAGAAACAACCUUCUACAGAGUUGAGUCUCGCGCCAUCUCCUCGUAGAUCUUUUGGUCCAAGGAAUGCUGUCAAGAAGGAAACGAGCGCUAAUGUCGGCCAUGCAAGAUUUCGAACAUCGAAAGGAGUAGCGGCAAUUGAGGCAGAACAACCUAGAGCAAGUAUUGCUCUUCAACAAUUUGGUAGCAACCAAAACCCAAAAGAUGUAGGUGCCGCUCACGACGAUAAAGCAUCAAGAAUGGAAUUGGUCCGAAAGCAUACAAGUGGUGAACUGAUGAGACAAAUUCGCGAAGCGGAUGAACGUAAAAAGCGAACAAAGAACGAAUUCGUAGACAACGUAACGCUACCCAAAAGAAAAUCACCUUCUGGAAGUGAUGAGACAGGCAAAAGCAAAGGAUUAGACUUAAAUCCUCAUUUACGUCGUCGGGCUUUCAAUUCAGAAAAUCCCAACGGUCCUACAACUCGACCUCAAUUGGCAACUUCAGUGCAACAUCAAUUAAGCACCUUAGCUCAACCUCGAAUUGGUACUUCUGCGCGAUCUCAACUACAACAUGGGUCUCACCAUUUCCCUUCAGGAAAUGCUCAAGAUGGUCGUCCGUUAGCAACUUCUUUUCACCAUCAGCCAGCUUAUACGGCUGUUCGUGCUACACAUGUGCCCGAUCAACGAAACAAUGUGAAUGCUGCUCGCCCAGUAGCGAUCACUUUUCAUAAUCAACCAGCGUAUCCGAAUCAUCAAAACACUCAACCCUUUGCCAAUCAGCGUAGCCAGAGCAAUGUGAUGCACAUUAGUCACGCACGAGCAAUUGCACCGGUUGGAGGACCAGCACGUCGACAAGGUGCAUCCGCCCGCGUACAUGCUGUAGUUCCUUAUCGAGCUCAAACGGUGCAUGCUCCAAUCAAUCGUUCUGGUGCAGGAUUUACUCAAAGUACAAGAGUGGUUUCAGAACGUACUAUGCACGCAAAUGCCCCAACUCAGCAUUCACGUAAUCAACAGCAUGCGGAAACCCCGAUUAGCCCCGGCUCGCAAAAUUUGAUUGACCGUGUGGGUCAUUCGGGUCCUGAUACAGGUACACAAAGUCAUCCAAAUGGACAAGCAUCAACUUAUAAUCACAGUUCGGUGAAUUUGGAAUUGUCUUUGGGCUCAUAA